AUGGACCUCGAUGAGUGCAUCGCGCGGCUCUAUCGGAAAGAGCUCCUUGCAGAGCCAUUAAUUGAGGCAGUCUGUGCGAAGACAAAAGAGCUGUUGAUGAAGGAGAGCAAUGUGGUUCAUAUUCAGGCGCCAGUCACCGUUGUCGGAGAUAUUCAUGGCCAAUUCUUUGAUUUAUUAGAGAUCUUCCGUAUUGGCGGGUUCUGUCCGGAUACAAAUUAUCUUUUCCUCGGUGACUAUGUCGACCGUGGCCUAUUCAGUGUGGAGACCAUCUCUCUCCUCGUCUGCCUCAAAUUACGAUACCCCCACCGAGUCCAUCUUAUCCGCGGUAAUCACGAAUCCCGUGGUGUCACCCAAUCCUACGGCUUCUACACCGAGUGCGCGCGUAAGUAUGGCAAUGCCAACGUGUGGCACUACUUCACAGACAUGUUCGAUUAUUUAACAUUGAGUGUGGUGAUCAACGAUGAGAUUUUCUGCGUCCAUGGCGGUCUUUCUCCUUCAAUUCACUCUCUUGAUCAGAUCAAGAUCAUUGAUCGGUACCGUGAAAUUCCUCACGAGGGCCCGAUGGCAGAUCUGGUUGUUCGGAAGUUCCUCGAGGUCAACAAGAUGUCACAUAUUCUGCGAGCGCACCAGCUGUGCAAUGAGGGUUAUCAGAUCCUCUUCGAUGAUCGAUUAAGUACAGUUUGGAGUGCGCCCAAUUACUGUUAUCGCUGUGGAAACCUGGCCAGUGUCCUGGAAGUCAGCGAUAAUAUGGAACGCUUCUUCAACAUUUUCGAUGCGGCGCCUGAGAAUGAUGUCCACAGGAGCGAGCAACAGGCACAGCAGAACCGGGACUCUAUGCCAACGAUUGACUAUUUCUUGUGA